CUGCCAUUCUUGAGUUGAUAGACAGAUAUUCAUGGCUGACCCAGCCUCGUUGCAAGUCUUCUCGCAUGACAUCCUUCCGAAAACAUCGGAAUGGCACUUCCGCGAUUCCAUUGAGAUUCCGAGGGAUCUCGGACAAUACUGCAAGACCAAUUCAGCAAUCGAGUUCAAGCAAGAUGGCCAAGAUGUCUCCUUCUGCGUCUUGGUCUCCGCUGGGUGUUCACAUAUUGCCGCGGUCGAGGUAUACCCGUUGGACAAGAGCAUAAAGGUCACUUCGUUUCACUCCAAGGAUGGCCUCAAGCCAAAAUGGACCGUAACACACCAUGGCAGAGAAGGGGAAUUUCCCACAUCGCAAUCGACCAGCCGGUACGAUACAGAUCACAUGGAUGGCGGCAUCACCGAAGAUGGGGAAGCUGUCCUUCUUGUCUACAGACCUAGAGGUGGAGCUACCGUGGCAUAUCUCGUCAAUGCAGAUGGAUUCACUUUGAGAAAACCACCCUCCGACACAGCCCUAAGAUAUUCGACACCCAAUGGGAGCCUGUCCGAGGAUAGCGAAUACCUGUUCUACACUCGAGAUGGGACUCCUUGGGGCAAGAGUGGAGAGGCCAAGGUUGUCGAAGCAUACUCGAUCCGACAUCUUGCUCGUAUGAGAGCUGUGACCUUUGCCUUUGGCGAUGGUCAGCACUUGAGAAAUACAUGUCUUCAUCGCCCACUCAGGGUCCGUGGCACAAUCUACAUGGGCAUCAACACCUCUGACUUUGGAGGCGAGGGCAUUGGACGAGGCAGCCCUCCAUUGAUUGUGUCGUCCGAUAAAAAGCUGCACUGGAAUUUCGACGAAAUCGAUAUCAUGCGAUCGGGUUCGAAUAUCUCCAUCUCGCCGGACGAUUCGUCAAUGUUCUAUAUCGGGGCCGAUUCAGCUAUGCUAUACCACUGGGACCUCAGAAAUCCGUCUUUGAAACCACUAGGCAGCGUAAGACUUCCGGGUGUGGAGUACAGUCAAUAUCGGAAAUGGGUCAUACAUGGCAAGGAAACAUCCAUCAAGGACGCCAUCGCCGAACAGACUCAUGCCGUCCGGUUCUCUUCCAACAGCAAAGUUAUCACGGUCGUCACACUGAACAACAAAGAGUUGGUCAUCAAUGCCUUACUAGCUUUCAACCUUCAAGUAAUCUUCCAUGAAAAGGUCGCACAUCCACUAAGACCAUCCUUAAGCGGGCUUCCCGAACCCAACCCGCUCCCACAAUGGACACAACUUCUUCCUUUGCGCAUUGGAUUUAAUGAUGACACCGGGCUCACUAUAUUUGCGAUGUACCCUGCGGACAUCACAAGAACUCCAAACGGCUUACUCCGUCUUUGGGGUGUCUCUGGUAUCUUAAUCUCCCUACCGAAGGCUUUGGAGAAAAUCAAGAUGGUAGAGGACUACUUCGAUUCGAGCGCUGAUAGACUGUUAAAGCUGGUCAAGGCUGUGGACAAUAAAGAAGUGAAUCCUGUGUGCCGCUUUGGCUGGAAGCCUGGAGUCGUAGACCGCAACGACCCAGAUGCGUUUGAAUUGGAGCAUGGACAGUUACCGAACCCCACAUCUUUGGAGCAAAUGUGGCAGCAAGACUUCUAUGAGAAGGUGUUUGCUCAGCCUGGGUCCUCGGUGAGAAUGAACUCAAGCCCAGAGCUUUGGCGAUUCUUCCUCCCUCAAUUAUUCAGUUUUACGUACCCAUGGAACCAGGCACAAAGAGUCAGCGUUUUCGGCGUAGUCAUGAAAAAUGAGUAUCAUCUCAUUGUAAUUGGUCCCUCGCCAAUUUCCCCCGAGCAGACUGUCAUUCGAGCACUUUAUGCCACGGAUAUCAAGAUUUCCGGGGACGGAAAGGAACAGAUAGAAUUAUACAAGAGCUACCCAAAUUUCUUCCUCCGCGUUUCCUACCUGGGGGAUCGGCCUGGAGGCUACUCUGGCGCGCCGAUGCCUAUUCCAAGAUGGACAAUCAUAUCCCCCCAUUUUCUUGAAGAAGAUGCCUGGUAUGAUACCUUCAUUAUCCACCGAGGAGCCCACGUCACCAUGCCCAGUAAUUGGAGUCAAACACCAAACCCUGCGUUGAUGAGUACGGCGAAUUACUAUGCUUACUUUAAACCAUAUACGUUCGUUGUCCAAGACAACGCUAACUAUGGCCAUCGCGAUCGCUCUGCAUAUGUCCUUCCCAAGUAUCUUCUUUGGCGAGAGUACGGUCUCCGUGGACUCCGCAAAGGCAAUCCAAAUGAUAUCUUCUUUGGCGGAGGCCGCUUUGCUGAUAGUGUGGGCUCCUAUUUGCAGAUCUACAAAGACCAAACAUAUGACGACACAAAUCCUCUUUAUCCAGGAAUAUUUGCCUUGGCUUGCAAUGCGGACCAUAGAGCCCAGAAAACGCAGCAUGUUGACGCGUUCUUCCGCAGGUUACAUCAAGACGACCGGUGCCUUCUUGAGAACUCCCAUGCAGUAAGCCAUACACUUCCGCUCGCGUGCAGAACUCGUCCAAUUGCAACCCUCUCCUUCAUGCGGCAUGUUGCGCUAUUUCAAUUCAAGGUUAAUAAUAUCGGUCCUGUUGCAGUGAAAAAUGGCGCCACUCAAUCGAAGGUGGCUCGAUAUGAUGGUAAAUGGGGGGUUUUUUACCAUAGCCUUGGUGACCUAAAGAACAUGAUCCAGAAUGUGUGGAAGAAUUUGUACGGGAUUCAAGCAGAGCCGAAUAGCAGCCAUGUGACGCUGCCAUUGCCCGGCUUCUGCUCAUUCACUCAUAAACUAUAUAGACCUCCUCCCGUUUCCGCAUCUCCAUUCAACGACCGCGAUGAUUCGUUUUGGGAGUUUGUCCGUGCUACAAUGCCCACAACCGAAGAUGAUAAAUUUCCCAGAUGGGAGGUUUGGAUUCACAGUGCUGUAAAGAAGAGCGGAAGAGGGCCAUCGAGCCCAUUCACACGACUGGUAGAAGAGAUCCUCGACAUGAAAGAUAGAGAGACUCAACUCUCGUUCUUGAGAGUUAUAUGGCUGGAGAAGCUUCUCGCUUGGAAGAUGCGGACAUUUGGACUGUGGCUCUAUCUGACGAGGACUGCCCUUCCUAUGCUAGUUCUCUUCUCGGUUCACCUUACAAUCGCCGUUCUACUGACUGCAGGGGGUGAUUACGACACCAAACGCAUACCUGGGUCAAUUAUCCUUCUAGCCGUAGUCGAGGCUUUGGUGGCAUGCUUUGUCCUCUCUGUUAAGCUCCGUCAACUAUAUCGCGUUCCACAACUCUUCUUCGGAUCCUUCUUCAACUACAUUGAUGCCACUGCCGUAUCCCUAGGCCUCACAACCUUCUUCCUCGUUGUAUCGAAGAAGGCUCCCUCUCGGUCCUUCCUAGGCUUCUCUACACUGUUAAUCUGGAUCGCCAGCAUUCUUAUGCUGAGGAUAUAUCGGCCUCUUGGCAUGCUACUCUUGCUACUGACGGAAACCUUUCAGGAAGUAUUCUCGUUUCUAGCUCUACUCUUCUUCAUCAUCUUAGGCUUUGCGUUCGUGCCCUUCCUCCUACUCCGAAACCUCAACAUAGACCAACCCACAGACAAUCCCUUCUCAACCUUUCCCCUCGCGUUCGGCCAAAUGCUGAAUUUCAUAUCAUCGGACUAUGGAGCGUUAGAGCCGUAUCAAUCAUCGUCGACUUCCAUCAGAACCCUGCGAGCGCUCUAUAUCGUCAUCAUCACCAUCUUCUUCCUAAACACCCUAAUCGCGAUGCUAAAUCUCAAGAUCAAACGCGCAGACAAGAACGCCGAAAAUCUCUACCACCUACAGAUGGCUUCCCUACAAGUUGAGAUUGAGCUGGGCCUAUUGUCGGCCUCGGAACGAUCCCGUCGUGAUUGGUUCCCUGAAUGGUUUUCGUACUCAAUGACGGAAACCGAGAAACGUGUCUGGAACGACUACUUGGAGAAGAAUCCGCUAAAGUGGACCGAGGAAAAUAGUUUUGGUGAAGAUAAAGAUCAUGCACCGCUUGUGCCGGUUGAGCAGCCUCCGAAAACACAGGUUGAUGCUCGGAGUACUACUACAGCUGGACAGAGUUCAUCUACGGUAAGCAGAAGGAAUACGAAACUAUCAGAGCCCCUUCCACAAUCAGGUGGUGGUUCAGUAGAGGUCGGGCAGCAACAAGAAACCAUUCCUAUCUCGGCCUCACAAACUCCGACUGCCUCUUCCUUUUCAUCGACGAGGCCGACUCCUAAUCCAGCGCCUCCUCCACAAGGUAAUGAUUCAGAACCACUGCUGCAAUCGCAAUCACCCCCAGAAGCCUCAACCCCUGCACCUCCGCAAAAUUCGAAACCCACAUCAGCCACAGAACAUCCGUGUAAGAUUUGCGCCCAACCUGGACACUUAUGCACAAGCUGUAGGCUAGUAGCAUAUUGUUCCAAAGAGCAUCAGAAACAGGAUUGGAAAGCCCACAAGAAAGACUGUAAGGGAAAGGGAAAAGUGUGA